AUGUAAAAAAACUUAUUUAAAUUAUUUUUACAAAUCCUAGAUUGUCAUUAUAUAAAAAUUAUAUUUAUGAUAAUAUUCAUUUAUCUUCAUUGUUUGUAUUCAACAAAGUCAUUUGAAAUAUAAACUUUAGAUCCUUUAUAUUAAGUAGCACAUUAAUAAGUGAUGAUUGGUGAUAAAGAUUUUGCACCAACUAAAUAUUUUAGUUAUGGUAUUUGGUCGAAAUAUAAUCCACUAAGCCCGAUACCUUAGACUGGUCCUGUUGGAUUGUUUGAUAGUAAUUGUUAUCAACUUCAUCACAUUCUUGAUUAGAGAAGCAAUGAAAUAAAUUUAAUAUAUUACGAUUGUUUAGAUUAUGAGGCAAACUUAAUAACAAAAUCAAUAAAGUUUGUUAAUAAUGAAAAUCAAUAGAAAACAUAUGAAAUAGAAAUUGAACCGUUUGAAUAUGAAGAUUUUUGGUUCUUUUUAGAAAUUAUUUAAUGGCCUUUUUAAAAAAGAUUUGAAAUUUUGAUAAUAUCAUAAUAGAAAACAAUAAUUCAUAAGAUUGAUGAAAUAAAUUUUCCAUUCAAGGGAAUAGAUCUUUAGUUUACUUUUGGAAGUAGUUUGAUUGUAAGUAAUCCCAUAAUCGAAUCAAUAUAAAAAGAUUAAAAAUUUUCAUACUUUCCUGGAACUAUUAUCAUAUAAAGGUUUAAGAUAGAAGAUGAACUUCUAGUAUUUGAUUGGUUUGAAUAUGUGAAAAGUAUUUUUGAAUAAUAUGAAUUUUGUAUUUGUUAGGGAAAUACAAUCUAAAAACUUCAAGAUUAGAAUAUAAAAUAUUUGUUUAAAGGAGAAUUUGUUUCAGAUAAUUAAAAUUGUGAUUCUUUUAUUUUAUCAGGUUGGUUUAAAAUAUAAGAAAUAAUAAAUGAACAAGAUUCAUUUACAUAUCCAUUUAUAAAAUUAGCAGCCAAUUUUGAGGAUCCUAAUUUAUCUAGUGAUAAUCUAUCCCCUCUUAAUAUAAAAUACAAAAUAUCAGAUAUUUAAAAUUAGGUUAUUGUAACCACAUACAGUUACACAUUUCCAACAGUAUCAAUAGAUUUUUCUAAUAAUCCAUUUUUAAUAGAGAAACAAUUUGAUAUUGUUCAUAAUAUGAAAUUAUGGCAUAAAAUAUAAGUAAAAUUAGUUCAAAAUAUUAUGGACAUUUAAAUAACAUUUUAUGAUGAGUUUACUGUUCAUGAAUAUAGUCAUUAAGUAGAAGUUCGUCAAUUUUAAUAGUAAUAAUUUAAAUUAUUAUAUGGAAAUAUCUAAUAACUUAAAAAAAAUUACUUACAGUUAUAAAUUCGAAACUUCUUUUUAUUAAAUUGUGAUGAAACUUUUUCUGAUUAAAAUUGUCAUUACAGUUGUUAAGAAUGUGAUGGUCCUACAAAUGAAAAUUGUCUGUCAUGCUCAGAAGAAUCAAAAAGAAUUUAUUUACCUGAACAUAAAGUAUGCGUUUGUCCUGAAAAUACUAUUGAUGAUUAAAUAUGUAUUGGUUAUAAAGAGGCAAAUUUAGAAAUUAUGGAUGAACCUUUCAUUGAUAAUGAAUGCUAAUAUGGUUAUUUUGAAUUAAAUAAUGAAUGUUACAAAUGGUAAUUAAUAUAUUAUAUAUAUAGUCCAUCAAUUAUAAGGAAAGAUUUAAUUAUUUGUUUAGAUUGUGUAUAAAACCCUAAAUAUUUUAGUAAAAAAUUAUAUUGCUUAGAAGAUUUAUAUCUAAGUUAAACAAGUAAUACGGAAAAAAUACAAUAUAGCCAAUUGGAUUAAUUUCUUUUUGAUGGAGAUGAUUUUCAUAUAUAUCAUGGGAAUGAACAAUAAAUAUAGAUUGAUGAUGAAGAAUAAUUGUACAUUAAUUUUUAAUAAGAAUCAGUGACUUUCGACUAUUUCUGCUAAAAUAUUAAUAUAUAUUAUAGAUGUGAAGAAUUUAUAUAUAUAAAUUGCGAAGUAUACUAUUUUUCAAUUGUUGGAGUAAUAUGUAUAUAAUGUGAUCGUUUUUAAAUACUGAAGAAUGGUUAAUGUAUUUAUCCAGAUGAUAAAAAAUAUUGUCAUACACCUUAUUAUAUAACACAUACUAAUGAGUGUAAGUUAUGCUUAAAACAAAAUUGCAUUUAUUGUUUUGAAUACUAAAAUGAUGAAUCUUCUUUUAAAAGUACCUUAUAUAAAAAUUUCGGAAAUUUUAAUGAAGAUUAAAUAAUAUUAGUUGGCUGCGCAAUGUGUUAAGAUGGAUAUAUUUUUGACUUUACUAUUGGAGAAUGCUAAAGAUAAUAAUCGAAAAUAGAAACAUGUUUAAGAUCAUUUAUAAAUUAAAAAGGUAUUGAAAUGUGUACUUUAUCCUCCUAAACAGAUUUUAGUGUUGCACCUGAAAUUAUAAAUUGUGAGAAAUAUUAUUCUAAUUGUUAGUAAUGUGUGCUUACUCCUAAAUCAAAGCUAUAAUGUGUAUUAUGUAAAUAAGGAUAUGUUAGUUCAGUGAUAACAGGAAAUUGUUAAGAUAUUUCUUAACCUGAAUUAUAAUAAAAUAGUAUUUACGUAACUUAAGGAGACUAUUUGGAAGAUGAUGGAUAUAUUCAAACGCUUUAAAGUUUUUUAAUGUUAUUUUUACCUGAUAAAUAUUAUUAUUCAUAUUCUCCAUAAUAAUUAGUAGAGUUUUCAAUUAAAUGUUAAUAUGGAUAUGAAUUAACAAAAGAUUUAUAGUGUAAAGAAUAUUGCGAAAGCGAUUGCUUAAAUUGUUAAAAGGAUAAAAAUAAUUUUAUAUGCAUGACAUGCUAUUUAAAUUACUAUAGAAAACAUAUAAAAAGUGAAAUAAACGGAAAAUGUAUUACUUGUUCUAAUUUAUGCCAAUUUUGUGAAUAAAGAAAUUAGAUUGUAAUUUAAUUAAAUAAAUUUUAGGAUUAUUUAUAUGAGUUAUCAUCAAGUAUUUAAGAGAAAGAGUCAGAUAAUUAAUUUUCUAUGAAAUGUUUAAAACCAGUUGAUCAUCCUAAUAUAAUCAUGAAUCCCUAUCUCUAAAUUGCUAAAUACUGUUUAAAAGAGAAUUGCUAAAAUUAAUUUUCAAUUUCAAGGUAUUUUACUUAAUGUUAAUACAAUUCUCAUCGUUAAAGUAUCUAUGAAGAAGAUAUAAAUUAUAAAUAUUGUAAUCUAGUUGGGGUAGAUUAAAUGACAAUUAAUUAUAUUAUUUAAUAUGAAGAAUUGGAUAUUGAAUGUGAUUUCUCAAAUGAAGAACCAUUUUUGAACAAUUUUAAGAAAAAAAUCUUUACUCUAAAGAAAACAAAAUCAAUUUUUUAUGCUUUAAAUAAUAAUCUUAUAGUUACAUCUAGAAAAAUAAAUAUUAUAAAUUUUGAUUCAGUGGAAGUCAAAAACAUAACAUUAAUAUUAUUUAAUGGGUUUAAUAUACAAAACAAUAACAAUAAAGUGGAUAUAACAUUUAAAAAUAUCAUUAUAAAUAGAUCUAACAUUACUGAAAUUACAAUUCUUCCUACUUCAGUUUAUGGAAGUAUUCUUAUUUAGGAUGUUUACAUUAUAGAUUCUAUCUUUGUUAAUUCAAAAUUUUUUGAGGUUAAUAAACAAUUCUUUUAAGUUAAGAUUCAAAAAUUAACAUUCAAAAAUAGUCUCUUAAAUAACUCAUUAUUAUUCAACAUUGGCUAUAACUAAAAAAUGAUAACUAUUGAAAAUAUCAUUAUCGAAAAUUGUUCAAUGUAUAAUUCUUCAUUUUUCUAUUUUGAAACAGAUUUGAUCAAUUAAAACUAAAUCAAAUUAUUUGAUAUUGAAAUUUAUUAAUGUAAUUUUACUUUUUCUUAUUUUAUCAACACCAAUACUUAGUUUGAAAUAAUCGGAAAUAAUUUAUUCUUCCAUAACAAUAAUCUUUAAAAUUCAGUAAUUAUUGGUUUUAAUGAUAAUUUAGAAUUAAUUACAAUUAGAACAAGUCAGAAUAAUCUAAUAGAAUCUUCAAUUAUAUCAUCAUUAUUGAUAAUAAAUUAAUAAAGAGUUGUGUGUAAAAUUGAUGAUUUUGAAGAUAAUUAAAGUUUUUUUUAAGAAUCAAGUUUGAUAAGUAUUUAUUCUAGUCUUUAAAUCAAUAAUUUUAUUGUUACAAUUAAAAAUGUUAAAGUUUAUGAAAAUCAAAUACUUAAUACUUUUUUAUUAGAAAACUCAUUAAUAAAAUUACAUUGUCAUUAUUUUCAAGUCUAAAAUGCCCAAUUUUUUUAGUUGUAAAAUAUUAUUGUAUUUUAUCUUUUCGAAAUUAAUUAGAUUAUUUUUGAUUCUGUAAUAUUUGAGAAUUCAUAAUAAGAACAUAAAGUUCCUGUUUCAUCAUUUUGUAAUGAAUAAGUCUAAUUUAAAAGUUAACUAUUAAAAGUUAUAGGCUUUCAAUAAUUAUCAUUGUCUAACAUUAAAAUUGUAAAUCAAUUUAGUAUCAAUUAUUCAAUAAUUGAUAUAAAUUUUAGUGUCUAGUAUAUUAUUGAUUUAAUUGGAUAAAUAAUACUAACAAACGUAUAAUUUUAAGGGAAUAUUUUGUUAAAGGACAAAUAAGCCACUUUAGUAUCUUUAGUAAAUAUAUAAUCUCAAUUUAAUUUAAAUAUUAAAUUAAUUAAUAUUUAGUUUACAUAAAAUAUACUAAAUUAAUAAAUUGACGAUCCAUUUGAUACAUAAACUAAUUUAUUACAUAUAAGUUCAUUAGACAGUUUUGUUUACAUAAAUCAUAUAUAUUGCUACUAAAAUGCAUUAACUAAUUCAACUAAUCAAUUUAUUACUAUUACUGCUACUUUGAUUGAAGUUUAUGACUUCAUAUUUAUGAAAUAAAAUAUGUUACCAUAAACAUUAUGGUAGUAAUUUUAUGAUUUUGAAUUAGAUGAUGAAUAUAAUCAACAACAAAUAACAUCAAUAAUUCAAUCAACUUUUAAAUUAUUAAAUUAAGGAAUUUAUAUUGUAGCUUCUACUUUUAUUUGUAGUGAUAGUAUAUUUUAAGAUAUUAUUGCUUUGAAAAGUUCUAUAUUUUAAAUUAACACUUAACGAGAAGGAAUUAUCAAAAUAAACAAUAUUUAAAUAAAUAAUGUUCAAAUUAAUCUAAAAGAAAGUGGUAGUACAGGUUGUAUAAGCAUAGAUUCAACUAACAGUCUUUUAAAUAUUGAGUUAAAACAAAUAAAAUUUACAAACAUUUUUAAUAGAAUGGCUGCAUCAUUAUUUACUAUAACACCAUCUUUAAAACAAAAUAUUAUUCGUUUAAAUAAUAUUGAAAUUAAAAAUUGUCUUUCUUUAAUUAAUUCAAUAAUUUUUAUUAAAUUUUUGGCAUAAACUAUGUCACAGAGCUUAGUAAGUAUUAAUAAUUUAUCAAUUUAUUAAAGUGAAGAAGUAUGGAUUUAAUUAUAUUCCUUGAUUGGUUAAAUAAAAUUAUCAGAAUUAGAUAAUAUAUUGAGUUAAGAUAAUGCUAUGAUUUUUCUAGAAAAUUGCAAAACAGAAAUUAAAAAUCUCAAUUUUGAAGGAAUAAUAAUUUAUCCAAUAUUAAAAUUUUAGAAUGCUUUUAAAUUAAAGCUUUUAGAUUGUAAUCUAGUAUCAGUAUAAAGAAUAUAUUCAUUUGAUCUUAUACACAUAUCUUAAACCUUAUAAACUCAAUCAACAAUUUCUAUUGAAAACCUAAAGAUAAUAUAGACUGAUAAUUAAUAUCAAAAAAAUGUUGGUAUUCCUAUUUAAUUGGAUUUAAAUUAUAAAAUUGUAGGAUGUAAUGUUUGGAGACCUACAUAAAUAAUAUCAGAAAUUAUUUUCUCAGAUAUUAUAAGUUAAAUGUAAUCAUAUAAUUAGCAAUCAAAUCAGAUAAUGUAUGUGAAGAGUAUUUCUCAAUAAAAUUUGCUUAUGUUUUAAUAGAUAAAAUUAAUGAAUAAUAAUGGAUCAGACUUUUUAAAUGGAAUAAUGACAUUUGAAUUAUAAAAGUUCAAAAUAUUGAAGUUAAGUGAUAUUUUUUGCUAUAUGAAUAGUAUGAGAGAGAAUGGUUGUAUUCAUUUUUUGAUUUAAAAUUUUAUUAAUUAAACUGUUGGAAUAAAAGAUUCUUAUUUCAUAAAGAAUAAUGGAAGCAAAGGUGGGGCUAUUUAAAUUUAAAAUGUUAAAUUAAGGAUGAGGAAUUGUAAAAUAAUGUAUAAUUAAGUAAGCUAAUCUGGUGGAGGAUUAUUUUUAUAAUAAAAUGGUUCUGAUUUUUUAAUUAAGUCAACAAUAAUUAUUGAUAAUGAAGCAUUAAAUGGAGGAGGUAUUUAUUUUAGUUAAGAUACAACUUUACAUCAACAUAAUUUUAUAAAAUCCUUGUUACUAUUCAAUAAAGCAAUAGAAUUUGGAAAUAAUCUAAUUGAAUCCCCUCAUCAUUUAGAAUUACUAUUGAACAACAUGGAAAUGUAAUCUAAAAAGUAAAUCAUUAAAUAAAUUUUAAAUUGUUAGUUAAUUCUUAAACCCUAUAAAAUAAUUGAAUAAGGAAUGUCUUUUUUUACUGAUUAUUUAAUGAUACCAAGUAAUUAAAUUAUUUAAGGAUAUUAAAUAUAUGAGCCUAAAAGCACUCAAUAUUAUUCUUAUAUUACAAAUUUUGGUCUUAUUCUAAAGAAUGGUUUAAAUGAAUAACUUCCGAAUUCUUAUAAUACUAAUUGCAUUUUUAUUAGUAAAAUUAUUAAUGAGGAAAGCUUAGAUUAAGAAGGAAAGUAGACAGAUCAAAAAAUUUUGCAAUUUGAUUAUGAAAAGGAUUACUAUGAAUUAGGUUCUCAUUCAUUCACUCUUGAUCCUUAUGAUUCAGAAAAAAAACUAUUAUAAAUUGAAAUUAGUUGUUAAUCAUCUGAGAAAUUGAAGAUUUUAAAUUAUAUAAUAAAAACAAAAAGCUUGAGAUGUUAACUUGGAGAAUUUUAUAUAAAUUCUGGAUGUUAACCUUGCUCCUCAAGUUAAGGGUUUUACUCUGUAGAAUAUGAUGCAAAAAAAUGUUCAAUAUUUGAUUAAACAAAAUUUAAAAAUAUCACUGAAAAUAAUAUAGAACUACAGGAAGGAUUUUGGAGACCUAAUUAUUUAUCAGAUAAAAUAGAAGAAUGUUUUAAAAAUUUAAAGUUUUGUAAAGGUGGCUGGGGAUAGGGAAAUUAAAUAUGUGAUUUAGGACAUAUAGGAGCAUUAUGUGAAGAAUGUGAUAUUUAUAAUAUAAGAGGAGAUGGAAAAUAUUUUAAAAAUCAAUAGGAUUCAUAAUGUAUAUCUUGUUAUGGUGUAUAGGAUAGUAUAAUUCCAUUUAUAGCAGCAUCACUUUGGUAAUUUAAUUUAAUAUUUAGGUCUUUUAUAUCUAUAAUUAUAACAUUAAGAAGUAUUGAAUAGUCAAAUUAAUUAUUUAAAUGUUUAAAAUUAUAAUAAAGGUUUAGUAAAAUUAUAUUUAACUUAGAAUAAGGUAUAUAAAAUAUUUAUUUAUAGGGCAUGAAAGUUUUUUAAUAAAAAUGUUAUUAAAUUAUUUAUGGAUUUUUUCUGCUAUUUUUACAUUUAAUAUCCAAUUUUCUUUUUCAAUUGGUUUUGUUGAUUCUGCAAGUAAUACUUCUUACUCAAUGACUAAUAAUUUAGACUGUUAUUUAUCAGAAAAUCAAACAAUAAAAUUGAUUUAUUCUAAAAUAUUAACAAUGCUUGUACUAAUGAUAUUAUAAUUUAUAUUUAUAAUAAUCGGAUUUCUUUGUUAUAAUUGCUAUUAAAAGAUUGGAUUGAGGAAUUUUAAUUUGGAAAUAAUUUCAAAUACAUUAUUAUACCUUUAUAUAUCUAAUUAUGGUGGAUUAGUUAAAAUGUAAUUCUAUUUAAAUUAUUUAGGUAUUUUUCCAUUCUAUCAAAAAGAGAUGUUUCAAAUUAGAGUUAUAUCUAAGGUGAUGUUUCUCUCCUUUUUGGAUCUAGAGAGCAUUUAAUUUGGAUAUACUCUUUUGUUAUACCUGGAAUAGGAAUAUUUAGUUUGCUAAUUCCAUUUUCACUUUUUAUUGUCAUGUAUAUUAGAAAAGAUUAACAUGAUAAUAUUAAAAUAAGAAAACAUUUUUGUUAUUUAAUUAAUGAAUAUAAUGUAAGUAGCUAUUUUUGGGAAGACAUAAAGUUAAUUAAGAAAACAAUUAUAAUUCUAAUUUUAACAUAUUUUGAAACUUAUAUUUUACUAAAAGCAUCAUUAUUAGGAUUAAGUUUACUUUUUUAUCAGUUAAUAGCUUUUAACAAAAAACCUUAUAUUCUUUCUAAUUUCAAUAGCAUGGAUUUAUUUUCAGCACAAAUUUGUUCGAUAUCAAUUUUCCUUGCUGCAACUAAAUAUGUAGCAGAACAAGAAAAUAACUAGUUUUCAUCUAUAUCACUUUAGACCAUAAUUGUUCUUCUUUGUAUUAAACUUUGUUACUCAUUUAUCAAAAGUAUAUUAGAAGUUUACUUUAACAAGUACUUUAUAUUAGUUUUAAAUUAUUUAUACAUAAUUUUUAAUAAGAUUUCAUCAAAUUCAAUCUUUACAAAAAAGUUAUAAAAUUAUUUGCAAAAGUCAAACUAAAGAAAUAAUAGAUUAAAAAUAUUGAUCAAAAAACUUAGAUAACACCUGUUAACGGUUUCUAAAGCCUAGCUUGAAAAUCACAGAAAAAUUUUAAGCACUUAGAUAAAAAAAACAUAAUCCUGGGGGUCUGAAUAAAAAUACCUUUUAAAGAUAGAUACUGAAUGA